UAUGUGGUCAGUGAAACAUUGCAAAUAACAAUUACUUCAAUCGCAUAACAUGAACGGCGACGGAUAAAUAUUUUCAAUUACUGAAAUGGUAUUUUUCGCAUUGUUUUUCAUACACAUGUUGCUUUAUGGGAUCUCACAGGCCUACGAGAACAAACACUUCGAAGCCAAAAAGGAUGAAAGCAGUCGAUUCGCAGCUCUCUUGCAGGAGCUCAUAAAGGUGAACGAGGGAAGGAUAGAAGCGAUGAAGCAGCUGGUCCGCCUGCAGGAGUAUAGCGUAGCCCCCCACCACUUGAGGAUGGGGAGGGAGGACGAUCAGGAUAGACUGGUGGUCAUUAUUGUAGGAGACAGAAAAACCUCUAUCGAGACCAAUCCAAACAUAGCAGAUCCACUUUGGAAUCCAGAGCCCUACAAAGGAUCCAAAGACCUCCAUAAAUCAGCUGAAAGUGAUUCAACCGAUGACGUCAAUAAUGACGAUGCAGGCCAAGCAUUAAGAAAGGGCUGGCAAUACACCUGCGGGAAAAAGAUGAAGAAAGUAUGCACUAAAGCUUGUAAAAUAGCUUACAAAAACGUCUGCAUGACGUAUGACUGUAAGAAGAAGAUGAAGAAAAGUUUGAAGAAGGAAUGCAAAAGGAUGUGCAAGUCCAAAUUCGACGAAGGCAAAUACAGCGGAUCGCGUUCUGAUUCUGAUUCGGAUUCUGACUAG